GCUGGCUCGCGCGCUGCUCACAUGACGUUUCCCAGCAUUCUGCGGGCGCCCUCACGGAAACAUCAAGGAAGAGGAUGCGGGUCGAGUAACUCCAUGGUUGUCUCAGAUAUGGAUUACAAGGUUGUGUUCGCAGCCUUGGAGACAGUAUGCGAGGACAACAUUUCCAUUUUGUGCGGGCCCUCCGACUUGCCGUACGGCGCCGUCGCCAGGCGCCUGGUCACGUGCAUGAGAGAGAUCCAGGAGCACGGCCGAUCCCUGAAACCUGUGAUCGCCAGCUUCACCGCCGUCUUCCACCACUAUGACUUCGAUGCACAAACGCCCGCGAACGGCUACCGCACACUGGCCAAGGUCUUGCUGUCUUGCCUUAUGCACAUCAUCCACAAGGGGCGUUACAUCGCCUCCAAUUACAACAGUGCCUUCUUCAGGGCGGACCACAACGCGUCGGAGAUAGAGGCGUACUGCAGCGCUCUGUGCCAGCUGCGGGCGCUGCUGCACCUCGCCGAGCAGCUGAUCAAGGACAACGGCUACGGCGAGCUGUACUCCAUGCAGGACGGGGACAUGAGCCGCCGGUUCGUGCGGGAGUACAGCUCCAUGCACAAGGCCUGCUUCUACGGCCGCUGUCUGGGCUUCCAGUUCUCGCCAAGUCUACGUCCGUUCCUCCAGACCGUUGUCAUAAGCAUGGUCACGUAUGGAGAGACAUACAGUAAACAGCAGUCGGGUUUGGGUCUGGCGGCCCUUUCCCUCCUCACAUCGGGGAAGUACGUCAUCGAUCCGGAGCUGCGGGGUGCCGAGUUCGAGCGCAUUACCCAGAACCUGGACAUGCAGUUCUGGAAGUCCUUCUGGAACCUCACAGAGUCCGGCCUUUUAGCAGGCUUCAGCAGAAUAGCCUCUUACCCAGUGCAGGUGAACUUCACCCUGACCGUGCCCCCUGUCACUCUGCACCUCCCGCUGGCCUCGGACCCCAGCCUAACAGCCACCGUGUCGCCUCCGAUAGCCCACUGGGGCCCCGGACCAGUCCUCAUGCGUCUGAUCUCCUGUGAGCUGCGAGAAGGACAGGCGAGCGAAGAGUUACUCGCUUAUUCUCGAAGCAACCCACCCCCCAUCACCGCGUCCCAUCUCCCCUGGGUACAGACGCAGCCUCGCUCCCCCUGGCUGCUCAUCCACUUCCACGGAGGCGGCUUCGUGGCCCAGACCUCCAGAUCCCACGAGAAUUACCUGCGGACUUGGUCUAAGCAGCUGAGCAUGCCCAUCCUCUCCGUGGACUACUCGCUGUCACCCGAAGCACCGUUUCCCAGAGCUCUGGAGGAAUGCUUCUACGCCUACUGCUGGGCUCUGAACAACUGUCAUCUGCUGGGCUCCACGGCGGAGCGUGUUUGCCUGGCGGGCGACAGCGCCGGAGGAAACCUCUGCAUCACCGUGUCCAUGAAGGCCAUAAGCAGCGGCAUCCGGGUCCCCGACGGCAUUAUGGCCGCCUACCCCGCCACCUUGCUCACCACUGACGCCUCGCCGUCCCGCCUGCUCACGCUCAUCGACCCGCUGCUUCCUCUAGGUGUCCUCACGAAGUGCAUCAAUGCCUAUGCAGGUGCAGACUCCCAGACGGUGCAGACUGCGGUAGGCAACGGCAGCCUGAGAGCUCUGGGCAGAGACACCGCCGCACUGCUCAGCGAUCUCACCCAGGGAGCCUCCAACUGGAUCCAGUCCUAUCUGGACCCCAUGCGGACUACGGGGGGAGUGCGCUCGCUGUCGUUAGCGCAGACGGGGUCCGCAGGCGGCGCGACUCGCGGGACGCCCGCUUGUGCCUCCGCAACACACUGCAGAGGUCGGGUGGAUUACCCAGAGGGCUUUGAGCCCCUGCGCUCCGAGUGCCUGGCCUUCGUUCGCCUGACGUCCUGCCCCGUCAUCAGGAACCCGUUUGUGUCGCCCCUGCUGGCUCCUGCAAGCCUGCUGAGAGGCCUGCCGCCUGUACACAUAGUGGCCUCUGCUCUGGACGCCCUGCUGGACGACUCGGUGAUGUUUGCCAAGAAGCUACGCGACAUGGGCCAGCCCGUGAGCCUGACGGUGGUGGAGGACCUGCCGCACGGCUUCCUCAGCCUGUACCAGCUCGUCAAGGAGACGGAGGUUGCCGCGGAUAUCUGCGUGGAGCAAAUGAGGAUAAUUUUUCAGCGAGGAAACCUUCGCAAGCGACCAAAGCUGGGAGAGACAUCUCCUAGCGGCAGUCAGUCGGGCUGAUUUUACCCGUCGGGACUUUGUUGUUGCUGAGGCGAAAAAAAGACAACUGACGUAAUGAGGGAGGGAUCGAUUGGAGAAAAAAAAAAAAAGAAACAAGUCAGGGAGAAUUAUGAGGGCUGCAACGAAACCUUUAAGAAUAGAGGAAGCUUAGGGACACUGAGCUUUAAACCUCCACUCCGCAACAUUUUUUCUGUCACCAGCUAUAAUCGAGAGAGACGCUUAAAACUUUCUUUACCAGCUCUGGUGUGAUCUGAAAUGAUGACAAAGAGAGGCAAUGAUGAUCUUGUCUGUCCCACAUGUUCAAGAUCCAAACGCACAUUGAGACUUUUACAGGCUGUCAUGAAGUUCCCCGUAACCAGCCCGUGUAGUCGUUUCUUAUCUGAUGUACUGUACGUCAGGAAUGGGAGCUGCUGUGCCUUGAAUUUAAAGUGCUGCUAAAGUGUGAGAGGAGAAGCUUUGCCUACAUUACUGCACAAACUGACAAGGUUUACUUGCACAGAAAAACACAUUUCAGACACACUCUUAUUAUUUUGUUUUGUUUACCAGCGGUAUGUGGACGUGGGUUAUAGAAGUUACUUGCUGUACUGUAAAUGAAUUCCGAACAUAUGUUGAAUAUUUAACACUUUGUUGUUUAUAUUUAAAGUCUGAAUUAAAAUUGAAACUUCCAA